CACCUCAACUUGUGGAGACCCGCACAGAACCACUUACAACCUCCUCUCACAACGACACACACACACACACACACACGCCUUUCAUCUCACCGGCAGCUCCCUCACCUCAACUUUUCCCCACAGUUCUGUCCCGAAUAUCAUCACUCAUCAACCUACACCACAUGAAGUCUACAAACCUGACUCCACCAACAAAAUUACCCAACUCGAAGAGGCGCCAAGGGAGGAGAACAAAUCAUCAAGACCACGCCAACAAAGAAAAGGGAAAAGAACUCCCCCCAAAUGUCCCCCUCAUCAGAACCCCUCUCCCCCCCCUCCUUCGCAACAACCCAACUCUCGCUCCUCGCAACAGAACUCGCCGCAGAAGUAUCAGAAUCAUCCGCCCUCGUCUCCUCCCACUCCCCCACCGCCCUCCAGCGCGCAGGCCUCGCCCUCCCCAACCUCGUCGUCACCGCCCGCCGCACAGGUCUAGGCGGCCGCACCGUCCUCGAACUCGCCCCGGAUCCCGCCGUCGCCUCCGCCUCUGGUGAACUACCGGAACACGGCCUCCGGCCGGGGGAUAUUGUGCUCAUCUCGGAGCAGCCCGCGGGCAACGCCAAGAAAAAGGAAGUAAAAGACCUCGAGAGUAAAGGGGCGAGAGGGGUGGUUACGAGAGUGCGGAGGGAGGUUGUUGGCGUUGCUGUUGAUGAGGGUAAGGGGGAGGAGAGGGAGUUUGGGGGGAGGGUUUGGAUUGUGAAAGUUGCUGAUGAUGUCACGUACCGGAGAAUGAGCCAAACCAUGGGCAAGAUUGAAAAGAUGACGGAAUCGGAGUACACGUCCUUCAUGCGCGUCCUCUUCGGCCUCUCGAGCCCGUCACCGGUACCGCCAGACCUGGCAUCCGAUCCGGAACUCGCAAAGAUCGAAUGGAUCGACUCGUCUCUGAACGACUCCCAAAAGGACGCCAUCCGCUUCGCCCUCGCAUCCCGCGAAGUAGCCCUCAUCCACGGCCCGCCAGGCACCGGCAAAACCCACACCCUAAUCGAACUAAUCCUUCAACUCACAAAGCUCAACCUCCGCAUCCUCGUCUGCGGGCCCUCCAACAUCUCCGUCGACAACAUCGUGGAACGCCUCGCCCCGCACAAGCUCCCCAUCCUCCGCCUAGGCCACCCAGCCCGCCUCCUCCCCAGCGUCCUCGCCCACUCCCUCGACGUCCUCACCCAGACCUCCGAGGCGGGCGCCAUCGUCAAGGACGUCCGCGCCGAAAUGGACGCAAAGCAGGCCUCCAUCAAAAAGACGCGCAACGGCCGCGAGAAGCGCCAAAUCUACGCAGACCUCAAGGAGCUCCGCAAGGAGUUCCGCGAGCGCGAGCGCGGGUGCGUGAGUAACCUCAUCCGCGAGAGUAAAGUCGUGCUGGCGACGCUGCACGGCGCGGGCGGGCACCAGCUCCGGGACCAGCAGUUUGACGUCGUCAUCAUUGACGAGGCGAGCCAGGCUCUCGAGGCGCAGUGCUGGGUGCCCUUGCUGUCGGCCAAGAAGGCUGUUUGUGCAGGUGAUCAUCUGCAGCUGCCGCCGACCAUCAAGUCGCUCAAUUCCAAGGUGAAGGCGGCGGCGGCACCGCCAGCAACGGUCCCCAAAGAAGACGCGGAGAAGCACAUCAAGGGCAUGACGCUGGAGACAACCCUGUUUGAUAGACUGCUCGCCCUGCAUGGGUCAUCCAUCAAGCGUAUGCUCACCACGCAGUACCGCAUGCAUGAAAACAUCAUGAGGUUCCCUUCGGACGAGCUCUACGAGGGGAAACUCAUCGCCGCGGACGCGGUAAAGGAGCGCUUGCUCAAAGACCUACCGUAUGAGGUUGAGGACACGGAAGAUACCAACGAGCCGCUCAUCUUCAUCGACACGCAAGGCGGGGACUACCCCGAAAGGAGCGAGGACGACGACAAGGACGCUGUUAAGAAGGCAAAGUUCAGUUUGCACGGGGAGAGUAAGAGCAACGAGAUGGAAGGGGCAUUGGUCCGGCAACACGUCCAGAAGCUAGUCGACGCGGGAGUCAAGCCAGAGGACAUUGCCGUCGUGACCCCUUACAACGCUCAGGUAAGCCUAGUCAGACCCAACGAACCUCCUUGAUUCCGGACUUUUUUGUUCGGAACUGGUCCGUCGUCGCGAAGAACCACAGGGCAUGAAAGCUGACAUCGGAUGAACCGAACCACAGCUCGCCAUCUUAGCGCCCCUAAAAGAACGGUUCCCGGGCAUUGAGCUGGGCAGCGUGGACGGCUUCCAGGGCCGUGAAAAGGAGGCCGUCAUUGUCAGCCUUGUACGGAGUAAUUCCGUAGGAGAAGUAGGGUUCCUGGGCGAGAAGCGCCGAUUGAAC